AUGCAUGAGGCGUGCCCCUCCCCUUUCUUGAGAGUGUUCUCUGAGGUGCUUCCACCUCUUCCUUUUCUUGCCCUGCCAUCAAGCACUGAUGCCAUGGAGCCGAGACGCUGGCGGCCGAAGUUCUACAAUCCUUUUACGGAGCGGCGGAAGCUGACGAGCUAUUCGCCCGUCUAUCGCGGAUUUUUCCGUGUUAUGCCCCUCCACCGAUGGAGUCUAGACGACAUUCAGGCGGUUCUUGGCUACGCUGCAGUCAAACCCUCCCUUUUUGGCUUUCCAGACCAGCCAACUUGCAUUGUAAACACGGCGCAUUUUCUUCCCUCCCACCGCAGCCGAUCACGUGGGAUCUGGGUCUUUGGGGUGGAGAGAGGAUGUAAAAGCAUCAUUGUGCCUGCAUCAUGCAACACUGAACCGUUUGAUGCACUGGACGCAAAGCUGAUGGAGCCCCUAUUCCGAUGGAAUCCCGGUGUUGAGUACAUCUACCUUUCUCAGUUCUGCCAGCCGAUGGCGUCGCACCUGGUUCCGUAUCUACAACGCUGCACCCAACUGCGUAUACUCACGUUGGAAGGCUGGAACGAUGCGGCGGCGAUUCACCGGGUGGUUAUAGCAUGCAAACACGUGAAUGUUGUGGACGCCUUCUCUUUGGAUGACCCACCACGGGAAUGGAAGAAUGAAUUGGCUGUGCAGGCACUUAACACGUUGAUUGAGAUGCACCCUAAACUCAUCUGUGUAAAGGCGACGCGACUCUACCUUGCGGAUUGGUACGAAGCAACUCAGUAUUCGCGUUGCAAGCACAACAUUGCGCUUGUACCCUUCUCGUGUGACUUUGUGCUGCUGCACUACGGCUUGUUUUUGCUGCUUCUGUGUGUUCCAGCUUACUUUGCCUUCAGAGGUGUGUGGUGGCUAUUACAGGACACCUGCAGCCAAGCGUAUCUGUCCUUUUGGUCUGUCAUUGCUACUGUUGUUGUUUUUGUCGCAGCCAUUGCGCUAGAUAUGUCGGGAUGGCGUUCACGCGGCCGGGGUUGGGUACACAUGCAGAAGUAUUUUAUUUUAGCGAAGCGACGGUGGGAUAUCAUGAUGGGGUCGCACCACAAGUCCCUCGUCAUGCUUUGA